AUGCCCGUACCAGCAGUCACCACCAGUGCAGCUGGCUCCCUACAACUGCUCGAAGACGAAGAUCAACAUGUCCGUCUCUAUGCCCUCAAUCAUCUCUUGGCUAUAGUCGCACAGUUUUGGGCAGAGAUAAGUGACAAGUUGUCUUAUCUGGAACUCCUGGCUGAUCCCCUAUCCAAGGAACUACCAGCAGAAGCCACACCUUAUGCCGCGCUACUCGUCUCAAAGUUGUAUUACUACGUCGGUGAACUGGGAGAAGCGGUAGAGUUCGCUCUCAGAGCUGGCAAAGCGUUCGCAGCAGAACCACAAGGAGAAUAUAGACAGACCAUCAUUGCUGGAAGUAUAGACAGAGCUAUCGCGGAAACCAAUUCUGGUACACCGAUCGACCCCAAUCUCCAAACUAUCAUUGAUACAGUGUUGUCUCAUUCCACCCAAGACAACGGCAAGCUCGCGAUUGGAUUAGCUCUCUCUCUUCGUAAACUCGACGCUAUAGAAUCUAUCUUUCUCGCUUCACAUACUUCUCCAACCGAGUCGGAACACGACGAAGGCUUGUUGAGAUAUGUAUUGUCCGAAGCUGUCAGUGGGUCAAGCGGCAACGAUUCGUGGCCAGAGGAAUUUAGGACCGCUCUCUUCAAACUGCUACUUCAACUAUUCUCCUCGAACCCAAACCCCGAUUGGUUCUCCAUCACUAUCAUCUGGCUUCAGUUGAAUGACCACCAAUCGUGUGCUAAAACUCUUUAUCGCCUGCUUGGGGAAGGGAAAAAGGCCGAAGCGAUUCAAAUCGGGUUUGACCUUUACGAAGUGGCCCAACCGAGUUUCGUGGAUGAAAUGAUAUAUGCGUUGAAAGGCGAGGGACAAGGCGUUUUUCCCCCCAUACCAGGAUUCGCUGACCUCGUUCUCAAAGUCCUCAAGGGUGAUGUGGUGACUGAAAUGAGACUCAAUUUCCUGCAGAAAAACAACAAGACUGACAUGUCUAUUCUGAAGGUGACCAAGGACUCCCUCGAGGACCGCUACUCAAUCUACCAUUCCGCCAUCACAUUCACAAACGCCUUUGCGUCUUGCGGCACCACUUCCGACCGUUUCCUCCGUGAAAAUCUCGACUGGCUCGGUCGUGCCUCCAAUUGGGCCAAGUUUUCUACUACCGCCGCCCUCGGGUUGAUCCACAAAGGCUCGUGGAGGAACGGAAUGCGAGUCGUCAAACCUUAUCUACCCGGUGGAACCGUUCCGAAUGUGUAUUCGGAAGGAGGGGCUCUGUUCGCUUUGGGUCUGAUCUAUGCUGGACAUUUGCACGCCAUGGAGGAGCAACAACUUGAAACGGCACUUACAAAGGGAUUGGAAGAGGGUAGUCCUGUCGUCAUUCAACAUGGGGCGGCGCUUGGGUUGGGGGUGGCCGCUUUGGGUAGUGGCAGUCGGGAAAUGUACGAAGAAAUCCGUAGUGCCCUCUACCAAGAUGAUGCCACCGCCGGUGAAGCGGCAGGUUAUGGAAUGGGUAUGGUCAUGAUCGGUACUGCCGCCGACACUGCUCUAGACGAGAUGUUGUCUUACGCUGGAGAAACGCAGCAUGAAAAGAUUAUCAGAAGUUUGGCGGUGGGAAUCGCAUUUUUGAUGUAUGGUCAGAGAGAAAAAGCGGAUGAUGUGAUUGCACGGUUGAUGAAUGGUCAGGAUGCAAUUCUUCGUUACGGAGCCAUGUUCACCAUCGCUCUGGCCUACGCCGGUACGGGCAACAACGCCGCUGUUCGUCGUCUUCUUCACGUAGCAGUGAGCGACGUGAGCGAUGAUGUUCGUCGAGCAGCCGUGACCGCCUUGGGAUUCGUCUUGUUCAGAAACCAUACCCAGGUUCCGAGAGUGGUGCAGUUGUUAGCGGAGAGUUAUAACCCUCAUGUGAGACAUGGAGCUACCUUGGCUUUGGGAAUUUCUUGUGUAGGGACUGGUUUGGAGGCCGCCAUUGACCUACUCGAACCCCUCACACGCGAUCCCGUCGAUUUCGUCCGACAAGGAGCUUACAUCUCCCUAUCUCUCAUUCUUCUCCAAGCUCCCGAUUCACAUCCCAAAACUCAAUCCACCCGAGACCUACUUCACAAAGUCGUCAAUGACAAACACGAAGACGCCAUGGCUCGAUUCGGUGCUUCUUUAGCCCAAGGAAUCCUAGAUGCCGGUGGGAGAAACGUGACUAUUUCCUUAUCGACUCGAGCAGGAACACUCAACAUGCACGCCAUCGUGGGAUUAGCUCUAUUCGUUCAAUUUUGGUAUUGGUUCCCUCUCGCUCAUGGAUUGGGUUUAGCUUUCACACCUACGACGGUGAUCGCUUUAGACGAAGAAAUGAGGAUUCCAAAAGUUUCUUUCAGAUGUGAUGGUAAACCUAGUAGUUUCGCUUAUCCAAUUGGGAAAAAAGAAGAGAAAGAGAAAAAGACUGAAAAAGCAAAAGCGGCGGUUUUAAGUACUACCGUCAAAGCUCAAGCUAGGAAGAAAAGACAAGCGGGUGAUGUGGAAAUGGCAACUUCACCAAAUUCUCCAAUGACGAUGACUUCACCUAUAUCACUUCCUACCGUCAACGAUACCCCCAACAAUAUCAUUUCUAGCAUUGACGGCGUCCUCACCAACUCUAAUGAGAGUGUGGAAGAGAAGAAAUCGACUGUUAAUAUGGGUAUGGGUGAGAAUGAAGUCAAGGGAUUAGGAUCAAGUGGAAAGAAAGAGAAAGAUAAAGAUAAAAUUUCUAAGAAGAAAGAAAGUAUAGGAUUCAAAGUCGAAAAUAUGACAAGGGUUUUACCUUCACAACUUGAUUUAUUAUCUUUUGUCAGUAAUGAGAAAUACGUUCCGAUCAGAUCUUUACCUAUUUGGGUAGAAAAUCAAUCUUUCGAAAACAAAUCUCAACUUUCUCAAACUCAAACUCAACCUCAAACUCAUACUCAAACUCAAACUGGAGUCAAUCCUCAAACCCGAACGAAUAUCAAAAAUGAAUCUCAAGUAAAAGAUAUCAAGGAUACGACAAAGGUAGAUGGUAAAAGAUGGGAAACGGGAAGUAUAAUAAUCCUUCGUACUAUCCCCAAUCCCACUCUCGAUUCAAAACAAAAAGAAGAAGAAGAUGAUGAUGAAGAAUAUAUAAAUUUAGAUUCACGUCUUUGGCCUGAACUAGUCAUGAAUGAGGAUGAUCAAACGGGAGAACAAGGUGAUGGUGAAACGUUAGGUGAAGGUGAUGAGGAAGAUGAAGAUGAUGAUGAUGAUGAAGGGGAAGAGGGGGAAGAAGGGGAUGAUGAAAUUCCACCUUCUUUUGAAUAUCCUUUUUAGUGAAUUGAUUCUUUUUUUUCGCAAAGAAAAAGAGGGGUUGAUAUGCAUUUGAAAACGAUUUGUCUC